AUGUUCUUACGUUUCCCGCACAGCGUGGUAGUUCGGAAGUGCGUGUCCCCGUCGCUCCAGGAGGCAAUACAGGUGGUGCCCUCCAAUGUUGUCGCGGACAUUGUCGCGGGUGGUGAGGACGUCCACGUGGCAUUUGACCGUUUGCUUGGAUGUAAGUUGGUCGCGUUCUGCAUCUGGACCGGAGUUCUUAACGACCUUGACGCGGUUGUUAGACACGACCGUGUGCCUUGCAUCGCCAAGCCAAUUGCCAUGACUCUGACCACAUUGCGGCAGGAUACGAAACGCGCCGCGGAGGAGCUCGCGUUCAGGUCCAAGUGCGGUAUCGCGGACGGCCAUGGGUGGUAUGCUCAUGGCAAUGAACGUUUGAGGUCGCACGAACAGCCGGCGGGGUCACAUGUUUCGGGUCGCGAUGCAAUCGCACUCAAUACAGCGCUUGCUCUCGCGAACGUAGGGGAGGGGGAGCAGGGGAAGCCGGACAAGGAGGAGGGCUUGAGCUAUGAACGCGACGAGGACGCCCCUGUGAAUGCAACGCAGGGUCUAGAGUACGCGGGCAAGCGUAAACACUCGGAGCUGGUGAAGAUGGAUCCUGCGAAGCUGGCCGCGGAGAUCCUCCGCUUGGACGAGCAGAUGAAAAAACAGAAACGCAAGCUGGACGAGGUCGUGUCCGCAAAGCCAGGCACAGAACAUGCGGUGGUGAUCACGCAGAGCUACGACGAGCUCGUGGCUACAGUGGAGAAGACACUGCUUCACGUGCAAAACACGGAAUGGGUGAUGCGCAGGGAAGCCAAGCUGGCCGCGAAGGACAGGGCGAAGAAUCGCGACAUGCGGGAGGUGCUAAAAUGCGCUGCUGUCCGCUUGGAAGAUUGCGCGGCUAGCAUGAAGGGGGUGGUUGUGGAUGUCAGAGUGGACUCCAUGGAGAACGCCCAGAAGAAACUGACGGACGAGGUCGCCCGUAAGAUCGACAGCGCGUCAUCCAACAUCGCGGGAACCGCCGAGAGAGCGAUCACCACAAGGGGCGUCACCAACUCUCUCAACAUCAUCAUCGCGAUGCUUUCCGGGCGUGACGCACCGCGACUAGUCACCGAUGGGCCGCAGGGGAAGGAGUCACACAAGGUCGCGGGAAAAGAGGCACGGAAGAGGGUCGCGGAGAAAGAAACGGUGAAGAGGGAGACAGGGAAGAAGGCCGCGGACAAGGACACAGGUAAGAGGGUCGCGGACAAGGACACAGGGAAGGGUGAGAGUAGCAGGGGAGGGAAGCGGCAGAAAGGUCCCGUGGCGACUAGCGUCACAGAUCUCCUUAAGAUAGGGGGCGCGGUCGUCGUGUGUGCAGCGGGAACCGCCAGGGUGGAUGCGGCUGCCGGAUCACCGCUUGCCACCUCGGCGGUUGAAGCUGCUAAAGGCAAGGACAAGGUCGAGGACGCCCCGCCAAACACCACCCCCACCACCACCACCAACACGACCGCGAUAUUGCCCGCGGCUGGUAACACCUCCACGGUCGCUGAUGGACAGCCUGGACCCAGCUCCAUCGCCCCUGCAAUCCCCCCCUCUGCAUAUGUGAAGGCAAAGAAUCAGAGCCGCGGUGGUUGUAAGCCGCCUCCGGCCGCGUUGAAGGUGGAACACGAGGACGACGACGACUCAAACGAGAAUGAUGUUGUUAAGCUGGUGUGGCAGAGGUUCAUGGGGCCAAGCGACACCAGCGGCACUAGCGGCAAGCGCAAGGACUGUGGUAUCCGCCCUCCGCCCAAGGGUGGAGAGGGGAUGGUGGGCGAACCGUGGCUGGGGGAGAGGCGUCGCUGGCUGGGACAUCACUCACUCCAGGAGGUGCAGUACCUGACCGCGAUCGCGGUCAUGUGUUAUGACAAGAAGGUUGACCACGGCCUCAAGCUGAUUGCGCAGCGAAGGAGUGAGUGGGCCAAGGACAUCUCCGCGGUCGAGACGAUGUGCACCGGGCUAUUCGCCACCAUGCAGCUCCGCAAACUUUGCGGUAAUGUUGACAGGUACGGUCGUGUGUUCAGUUAUUUGUGCAGACGGGUUCAUAGGAUUGCGGUCACGUUCGCGACUAACCAUGUCCCGUGUUUUCCCCCUGCUUGCAAGUACCACAACAUGUUCAAGGCCUACCACGACUUCACCCGUCCCGGUUCCACCCUUGGUAACGCGGUCGCUUGGGCAGCUGCGGUGGGAAAGGAGGCUGCAGACGAGGAGCCCGAUGUCACCGGGGACCAAGUGGGCCUGUUUGCUGGCGCGUGCGCGUGCGCCAUAGCCAUGGUGUGGGAGACCUGCAACGGUCUCGAUCUCGAGGGGGUCAUGGAUGUUGGAUACGUCGCGGCGCAGUGUGCCGACACUCCAGAAGAGAAGACCCGUGGUCACGUAUCGAUUGUGACCGCGGUAUUCAAGUGGGCCAAGAAGGAGAAAACUCGCAAGCAAGCACCCGAGGUCACACCGAAACAGAUCGCGGAGAAGAUAGAGACCACUGUGGUGAACCGCCUUGGUGCGCGACUUGGGGACCCCACAUUGGUCGGUAUGGUCGUGCACGAGGCAGUAGAUGUGCUGAUGACCUGGUGCGAUUGCAAGAUCGCGGCCAAGGCGAUGGAGACCAACGGUCUCUAUCUUGCACUGCCAUACAAGCGUCUGUCCGCGAAGAAGAGGUCCGCGUGA